CGAGUGCCACCAAAUCUGCACGCAAAGCUCUCAGAUUUCGUCAAGACCACCGUCACUCGACCGUUCGCAAUCUUCACCCUUUGAUCUUCACGAACAACUGUCAAGAUGGUAAGCUCUGCUGUUUAAUUUGGAAUUAUCAGAAAGAGCUCGUUUGCCGCCCACGCUUGGAAAGGAUUAUUUGGACACGGAACCCGACCGAUCGAUCGAUCUACCUAUCGCGGACGAGAGGGAAGCUCUGGCAAAAAAACAAAAAAAAGAAAAGAAAGAGGCGGUGGAUGGAUACUGUUGGGCGGAAAAGAGCUACAGGGUGGAUGGGAUGGAUGGAUUUUUAACUAUUUGUUUCUUGAUGGAAGGACUGUAAUGCUGAUGGAUUGCCCGCAGGUUCUCGCCGUUGACCUUCUCAACCCCUCCCCGGCCGCUGAGGCCAAGAAGCACAAGCUCAAGACCCUUGUCCCGGCCCCCCGCUCCUUCUUCAUGGACGUCAAGUGCCCCGGCUGCUUCACCAUCACCACAGUCUUCUCGCACGCCCAGACCGUCGUCAUCUGCCAGGGCUGCACCACCGUCCUGUGCCAGCCCACCGGUGGCAAGGCCAGGCUCACUGAGGGCUGCUCGUUCCGGAGAAAGUAAACGUCUCGCAUGACGGGCCUUUUCUUUUUCCUGGGUUAUUAUGACGGUUACGGUUGACGAUGGUGGCUCUCAUCUCGGAUCUGCAAAAUACCGAAAACAAAAAGCACUUGCGACUCUGGCGAAUAGACAGCACCUCGACACGGGCCGCUAGGGCUCGCUGUUCCCCGGACAUAAUCAAACGGCCUCUUUUGCGGAUGGAAAAGAUGGGGCAAUCCAAAAUUCCUUGACCAAAACAGGGGCGUUUGGGGUCUCCGGAUAUCUUGCAUGACACUCUCGACCGACAUAUCUUCUUCUUUUUUUUUUCCUCCUCUACUCCCUCGCCGCCGCACACGUUUCCCUCCCGUUUUACCAUCUAUGUCUCGUCGAGUCAUUUCCUGUUUUCCCAUGCCUUUUUGCGAUCGGUCC